UUCUGCUUCUCUUGCUCGUCUCCUUCUGGUGGCCUGGCAGGUCCUCAGUCCAAUACAAACCGACAUGCAAUAGAUAUCAUUCUGCGACAUCGUAGGACAGUGGCAGCUUUGGUAUCCAGUAUCAAGCGCAGUCAUCCUUCACAAGCGGCUCUCUAGCCACCGUCCUAAGCAGAGCCUCUUUGACUUGCUCUAUUGUGUCGUGUUGUUUUGCUUUUUCUUUCAUCGCAAUACAGUGAAAACGAGGAUAGUAUCAUCCGAAACCCUACUACAUUUGCAAACGUGACUUAUUCUUACUGGUGCGCAUUUUCUUUUUGACCAUUGCUUUUUGUUCUUUUUCUUUCUUUUUUCUCUCUUCGCCUGUUCCGUCAAAGGAAUUAUUUACAGUAUACUCAGCAAAUCCAAAGUCGUGCAAGUGUCUUUUGCAGCGUUGUUUCGUUUGAGCAGCGGAUGUCGAGGGAGUUCUCCGUCUGUGGGCCAACCCUUUGCCGGGCAUUUCAACUGUUUUCUUAGUCGAGUGAAUCUCUAGUGGACUUGUUUAAAUCAUCAACUUCAACUUUAUACAAUAGCAAUACGGUUCUUACAUUUUCUUCAUCAUCCGUUUCAGUAUUUGAAGUGGAUUGGCGCCAUCCGAGUGGGUUUGAUGUAAACUGCAGCUCCACGCUCCGAUAGCUUCACGUCUCCUAGUGCAAAGAAGAACUGAGCAGAUCUGCGAUUAGCAAAAAAAGAGUCAAGAAGAAGGGAAAAAAACUAAAAGACACUCUCCUUCUGUAUAGAUUAUGCUUCAGAUUCUCGACAUACGAGUCGGCGUCAUCGGUUCCGCCAAAAUGAAGGGCGUUACUUCACCCAUGAAAAUUGGACGGAGUGAUCCCGUCUGUCUGACGUUUGCUAGGACGUGCUUCGUCGUUGGCAUACUGAUCGGAAAUGUAUGCAGUUCAGCGAUCGUUCAAGACGAAGGCAUUCAUAUUGCCGUUAAACCUAUACCACAACAGCCCGAGGAGUCAACUGACGGCGGUACAUCUCAUCGUGUUGCAGAGCUUUUGGCGGGUGGCUUAUACACUGGGCCGUAUUUUGAUCCGUUCACCACAGCUGACAUCAGCGUUCAAGUUGGAUCCAACGCCAUCCUUCCGUGUCGCGUACGCCAGGCCGGAAAUCGAUCGGUCAGUUGGGUGAGAAAAGGCGACGGACAUUUACUGGCGGUUGGUGAUGACACAUUCAUUAACGAUGGCCGAUUUCAAGCACAUAAAAUUGCUGCUUCUGACACUUGGACUUUGCAAAUCCGCGCCGUUCAACCCGCCGAUGCUGGUGAUUACGAAUGCCAAGUCUCGUCGAAUGAGCCGAAAAUCAGCCGCAUUGUUCACCUACGACCCGUUGAACCGAUAGUGGACAUCAAAGGUGCACCGGAUAUGUACGUCAAAAACGGCAGCCCAGUUACGUUGCAUUGUCAGAUAUCGUCUUUUUUGAUCGGCCCAACGCACGUUGAAUGGCGACUCAACGGUUCACUCCUAGCUCAAGUCAAAAACCAUCCAUACCAUCCGAAAGGAAAUGGAGAGAGCAACUGGAUUAUUGGCGCCGUCACGGACGACGAGGGUCGUACUACCGUUCUCGCUCGAGUCGGAAAUGAUUCUCUGCAACUGACGCUCGCUCUCCCUAGCGUCACUCCAGAGGAUUCUGGACAGUAUCUAUGCUCGCCGUCCAACAUGGCACCUGUCAGUGUCUCGUUGCACGUCGUGAUUGGCGAACAUCCGGCUGCAAUGCAACAUGGCGACAAUGGACGGGAACGCCCGUCCAGCCAACUCUCGAUCGUCAUUUGCAGUGUGUUUAUCUCGCUAUUGUCGCUCGCGAUAUCCGACUAUUGGCGCUGCUUCCACAUACUCAGCCGACCGACACAAUAAGGACCCGAUGACGUCAAUUCUGCUCGACCUAUUUUUUUCGUUCGUUUUAUUUCCGUUACUUUUCAACUUACAACACUUGUCUUUGCGGCCGUAUUUGUACAACCACAGUGUUGUCGGUCAGCGACGCAAUCAUCCUUUUAAGAGAGCAACAGUGACAUUUUCACAACUAGCCGCAAUGGACCUUCAUUACCGCCACCAGUUCUACUGGAAAACCACUAAAUGAUAUUUUAUUCAACGUCCAAAAGUUGUACAGACUCCCUCUUCGUAAGAUUAUAAUGUUCAGGGCGAAGAGAGCACACACAUGUCAGAAAGAUCAAUUGAAAGAACAAGGAAAGAAAAAAACCAAAUACAAGAACGGGGCAAGGAGAUAUCAGCAUUCGACUUCGAAAGCCUUAACACAAUUGGGAGAUUGUUGAAAGUGGUAUGCGUCUGAUUUCGGUGUCCUUGUCUGUACAACUAUCUCAGCUCGAAUGCAUUCCUCAUGUUUUUAAUGAAUUAUUCUUCUUUACUAUAGUUUUCGUCGUUUCAGUUGUUUUCAAUUUCGUGUGCUUAAGUACGUUCAAAUUCAAUGAUGUAUAUUGAAAGUUCUUCGGCUACGAGAUACGUAAGUCCGAUUUACGUACUUCCAACUUCACAAGCAUAUAAUGUCACAUAAACGUCAUGUUCACCUCAACGGAUUUUUUAAAAGAAAUUCUCCUUCAUCUGUCGUUCACGCUGCGUCAAACUGUGGGUCAUUUGCAUAAUAUUCGUGCUGUAUAAAAAUACCAUAUAUAUGAUAAAGUCAUUGCCAAUAUAGACGGUUUAAUCCUG